AUGGAGAGAAGUGACAGCACAAAGGCAUAUGGCCAAGCAGCAGAAGGUAAAGGAGUCGGCAUGGCAGCGAAGAGGGCCAUUCCCACCAAGUCUGGAGUGCCACAGAACACUCAACGCAGCGAAUUCAAGGUGUAUCGAGGAGGGAGCUCUGAGGGGCGGCUGCCGGUGUCCACCAGUCUCAGAAAGCAGCGGUCGAUGACAAACUUGGCUGUCCUCACUGAUGCAGAAAAGAAGUUGCAUCUUUACGAGCCAAAAUGGUGCGAUGAUAUGGCCAAACCCGGAGUAGGGCAGAACAAGACUGGUAAGCCAAAGACGGCUGGAGGCGGCUCGAGCACCGGAGGGGGUGCCCCGCUUUCAAGAAAUCUUUCCAAAUCCGAACACUCGCUGUUCCAGGGAAAGCCAAAGCCCUUCGCCCCUCUCGCUGCUCCAACGGCGCUUGGCAAACAGAGCCGUAUCCCUCGCGCCCCUUAUGCUGAGGUGAAGCCCUUGAGCAAGACACCUGAGGAUGGCAAGUCUGAUGACGAGAUCUUAUGCAGCAAGGCUAAGGCCAUAGCAAAGAAGCCGGGUGGUGGGGCAGGAGGGGAAGCUGGCUCUAAAGGCCAAGGAGACACUUAUCUAAAGGUGGAUCCAGAGCUGGUGGUGACGGUGCUGGGGGAUCUGGAGCAGCUGCUCUUCAGUCAGAUGCUGGGUAUCCCUGCAAGACAGGAUGCCAAAGAUCUGGCAGUCACGGGACAAAACCCAGAGUCACAAAGGAAGCGGACUGUGCAAAAUGUUCUCGACCUACGGCAGAAUUUGGAAGACACUAUGUCAAGUCUUCGAGGCUCCCAACUCAGCCACAGCUGCGUGGACAGCAGUAACGUUGGCUACGACAGUGACGAGACCAACGCCCGCAGCCUCUCCAGCCUCUCCAACCGCUCCUCGCCUCUGUCCUGGCGCCACGGUCAGUCCAGUCCUCGCCUCCAGGCCGGGGACGCUCCCUCUUCCACUGGAGGGGGCUACCAGGGCAGCAAGGCCAGCUCUCAGUACACUGCUCACACCAUGCCGGCCAGAUGCACCCCACGCCUCAACAGCACCCCCUCCCGCAUGGAGCUUAUUGAGGGGCUGGAUGUGGACGACCCUGACCUGAAGUCCGGAUACCUGAGCGAUAGUGACGUGCUGGGGAAGAGCCUGCCGGACGAUGAGGACGAUAACUUGGCUAAUGGGUGGGAUGAGAGCAGCUCCAUCAGCAGUGGCCUCAGCGAUGGCGACGGCGAUGGAUCGGAGAAUAUUAGUUCAGAAGAAUUCAACGUCGGCUCGUCCCUCAACUCGUUACCGUGCACGCCCCUGACAUCCAGACGGAGCUCCUCUGCCAUGCUCCGCACCGACGCAGAGAAACGCUUCCUGGUGGAGAGUGGGCUUUCAUGGUACAGCGAGGACAAGUCCAGCUCUAAACUUGGAACCAGCUUUGACUCAGGAAGCCUCAAGUCCGAAGCCCCGAGCAAGUGGCGAAAGAAGCCCCCGAGUUUAAGUGAAGACUUUGGCAAAAGCGACAUGAAGAAGCCCCAGAGUUUAGGACAACCUGGCAACUUCAGAAAGGGAAAGAAUCCACCCGUCGGAGUCACGUCUCCCAUCACCCACACCUCCCAGAGCAUGCUCAAAGUGGCAGCUCCCAAAAGUGAAAAGCCACAAGACAAAGCUCGGAUUUCUGUCAGAACGGCCGGUCUACAGCGCUCUCGCUCAGACGCUGGCAAAGAUCACCACGGAGAAUACCGCAAGCCUCCUUCAGGUCUUGUUAAACCCAUGGCCGGAGCCUCGUUUGGUUACAGGAAACCCACAGCCACGGGCACUGCCACUGUGAUGACAGCAGGGGGCGCCACUAUCUCCACUGGGUCUUCUACCCUGGGGAAACCGCCCAAGUCCUCUGGGAUCCCAGUGAAGCCAAUAGGGGCACCAACGGGUCGGAAAAACAGCUUUGAUGCCAGCAGCGAGCAGGGCUUUCUGGGGCCAAAUGCUCGGAACAGUAUCCAGUACAGGAGCUUGCCACGUCCGGCCAAGUCCAGCACGCUUAGUGUCAUUGGCCGUCCCGCAUCUCGCCCCCCAAGUGGCAUUGUGGACCCCAGUCUGUUGAGUCUCAAACCGGUCUCCAUUGGCAGCGCAGGGCCUCGGGUCAAAGAAGCAAGCAGCUGCGGCAGUAAAAUGAGUAAUCGCACCAUGCCAGGCCCAGUGAACCAAACCGACCGGGAGAAGGAGAAGGAGAGAGACAAAGCCAAGGCUGACAUGGACUGUGGUUCUCUCAAAGUAGAGGACGUUCUGUCACAAAGCACAGGGGAGCUUCCUCUGAAACUGCACGGCCUCCGGCGUACCAGCAGCAGCAAAUACCCAGAGCUCUCAUCACCCACAACACCAAGAAUGAAAUGUCUCGGCCGCCCCCCCAGCCUCGCUCACCUGGACAAGGUCAACUCCAACAGCCUGGAUUCAUGUGUGACCAUCCAGGACCUCCCCUCCAAAGUGCCACCGUACUCCAAACUCCAGGACCUGGCGGGCUCUCACUGUGGAGGCCGGCUCGCUCCCAGCCCGGCGCCUGUGCUCCACCUGGACUCCUCCAGCUGCUACGAGACCCGCACAGGCUCCCCGCUGCUGUACCCCAAACUGUCAGGGAUGCACCGCAGCCUGGAGUCCCUGCCACUGCAGAUGAGUGUCGCACCCAUCUCCAGGUUUGGCCCCGUGGACAUGAUGCAGGAGAAGGACCACCGUGGCACCUGGGGGUCGGCCACCAGAGCGUCACUGCAGGAGAGCUUGCAAACUGACAGAAAUACGUUUCCGAAGAAAGGCCUAGAACGCUGCAGUUCAAGUCUGUCAGAGAGUGAAGGAAGCAAAUCAGGCAGACGUCACUCUCACACCAUCAUGAGUAUGACAGAGAGCCGCAGUCCGCCUCAGCUGCCCUCUCCCACUCGCCUGCACCAAACCAAAGCCAAGGCUCCGCUCACCAACGUGGUGGCCCCAACUCCCAGUGGCCCCCCCAGGAUAUCUCGCUCAAACAGUAUCGGCCCCCCCAGUGACUCCUGCGAUCUGUAUGGCACGUCCCCCCUGGGCAGCAGCAUGUCCCUGGCCGACCGCCCAAAAAGUAUGAUGCGUUCAGGGUCUUUCCGAGAAGCAGGGGAAGAUGUUCAUGGUUCUGUAUUGUCUUUGGCUUCCAACGCCUCAUCCAACUAUUCCUCUAAUGAGGAGAGGAUCCAGGGGGAGCAGAUUCGCAUGUUGAGGAGAGAGCUGGAGAAUUCCCAGGAGAAGGUCGCAAACCUCACUAUGCAGCUUUCUGCCAAUGCCAACCUGGUGGCCGCUUUCGAGCAGAGUCUGGCGCUGAUGACGGCGCGACUGCAAACUUUGUCCGUGUCGUCAGAGCAGAAGGACUAUGAACUCACCGAGCUGAAGGACACCAUUGACAUCCUCAAAGCCAAAAACACAGAGGCACAAGAGAUCAUCCAGGGGGCGCUCAACACCCCUCCUGAAGUUGCACCCAAAGAAAUGCCAAUCGUGCGUCAAAACUCUUCAGAGAGCCUCUCCAGCCUCACCAGCACCACCAGUCAUUCCAGUAUGGGCAGUUUCAAAGAGCAGGAGGCCAAGAAGAAGAAGAAGAAAGGCUGGUUACGAAGCUCCUUCAAUAAAGCGUUCAGUAAGAAAGGAUCCAAGCAGUCCGGCCCGUACGCUGACAUUGAGGAGAUUGCCACUCCAGAAUCCUCGGCACCUCCUUCUCCUAAAGUUCGUCCUGACGCUGAAAUCUCUGCACCAUCAAUGAAGUCGUCAGCUUCGGUCUCGUCCUCUGGACUCUGUGAUGAUGGGGAGGGAGGGGAGGAGAAGGUGGUGUCAGAUUUACGCUCAGAGCUGUGGGAGAAAGAGCGCAAACUGACAGACAUCCGGCUGGAGGCGCUGAGCUCGGCACAUCAUCUGGAGCAGCUGCAGGACGCCAUGACCAACAUGCAGAGGACGGUGGAGAAGUUGAAAUCUGAGAAUGACCAAUUAAAGACUGGAGGUCUGUCUCCCUGUCCGUCGCCUGGGCCGUCCAGCUCUGCGUCCCAGUCUUCAGGUCUGACUGCACUGGGAAACUCCUCACCACGCCAGUCUGUAGCCAUGCCCAAGAGCUACAGCAGGGGGCUGAGUGACGGAAGCUCAGACGUCUUCACUUCAGACUCUUUUAGCCAAUCAUCCCAAAGAGAUGAUCAUCGAGUUCGAGUGGUGGUUUCUGUUGCAAAUCUACAUGUUUUUAAAGAUGAUGUGAAGCAGCAGGACUUCUUCAUUGGCACCGUCAGAUUAAAUGGUCGGAUGGACUGGACCAUGUUGGAUUCUGCUGUCAGCCAGGCUUUUAAGGUUUACAUCACAAGGGUGGACCCCACUUCCAGUCUGGGCCUGUCCACUGACUCCAUCUACAGUUAUAGCAUCGGUCAUAUCAAGAGGCUACUGGGAGGAGACCAUCCAGAGACUCAACCAUCUCGCUGCAUGUCCCGCGGUCCGAACAGCAUCACUGUGGCCCUGAAAGGCUUGAAAGAGAAAUGUGUGGACAACUUGGUCUUUGAAACCCUUAUUCCCAAAACCAUGAUGCAGCACUACAUCAGUCUGAUCCUCAAACACCGCCGGCUGAUCCUGUCCGGUCCCAGUGGCACCGGGAAGACCUACCUGGCCUCUCGCCUGGCCGAGUACCUGGUGGACCGCAGCGCCCGCGAGGUCACCGACGGCAUCGUUAUCAACUUCAACAUGCAUCGUCAGUCGUGCAAGGAUCUUCAACUUUAUCUUUCAAACCUUGCAAACCAGAUUGAUCGAGAAACCGUGACGUCAGAAAUCCCCCUGGUGGUGAUUCUGGAUGAUAUUCACGACACCGCCUCGCUCAGUGAACUUGUCAAUGGUGCUCUUACUUGUAAAUACCACAAAUGUCCCUACAUAAUUGGAACAAGCAAUCAGCCAGUCAAAAUGACUGCCAACCACGGCCUACAUCUUAGUUUCAGGAUGGUCACUUUCUCUAACAAUGUAGAGCCUGCCAACGGCUUCUUGGUCCGCUACCUGCACAGAAAGAUGAUGGAGUCGGAAGAUGAGAAGAAUUUGACCAACGAGGACCUGACGCGGGUCCUGGACUGGUUGCCCAAACUGUGGUAUCACCUGCACACAUUCUUGGAAAAGCACAGCACAUCGGACUUUCUCAUAGGCCCCUGCUUUUUCCUGUCCUGCCCUGUCACUGUCGACGAGUUUCGCUCAUGGUUCAUCGACCUUUGGAACCAUUCUAUUAUCCCGUACCUGCAGGAAGGAGCCAAAGAUGGGUUCAAGGUCCAUGGGCAGAAGGCGGUGUGGGAGGAUCCGGUGGAGUGGGUGAGGGGGACUCUGCCUUGGCCCUCAGCCCAACAGGACCAAGCUAAACUCUUCCACUUGCCCCCACCAAACAUCAUCUCCAGCAGUCCAGGACAGGCCUGCGACGAGAGGCCCCACAAGGAAACUCCACCCAGCUCCAUGGAAUCUGACCCACUGAUGGCAAUGCUUUUAAAACUUCAAGAAGCAGCCAAUUACAUCGAAUCCCCUGAUAAAGAUGACCCACACUUGCCUAAAUUUUAA